AUGAGUCGUCAGUUCCCAUAUUCCAGCGCUCCGCUUAGGUCGGUGAAGGAAGUGCAAUUUGGAUUGUUGUCUCCCGAAGAAGUUCGUGCCAUUUCCGUAGCAAAGAUCGAGUACCCUGAAACCAUGGACCAAACGACAAAGAAACCAAGAGAAGGUGGCUUAAAUGACCCAAGAUUGGGUUCGAUUGAUCGUAAUUUCAAGUGUCAAACCUGUGGUGAAGAUAUGGCUGAAUGUCCGGGCCAUUUCGGUCAUAUUGACUUGGCCAAACCAGUCUUCCACAUUGGGUUCAUAGCCAGAAUCAAGAAAGUGUGUGAGUGUGUUUGUAUGCACUGUGGUAAGUUGUUGUUGGACGAAUCCAACCCACAAAUGGCCCAGGCUAUAAGGAUCAGAGAUCCCAAAAAGAGAUUCAACGCUGUGUGGACCCUCUGUAAGACCAAGAUGAUUUGUGAGGCCGACACCAUGACGGAAGAGGAACAGCAACAACAACUAAUGAAAGGUAUUGCUGUACCCAAGAGCCGUGGAGGAUGUGGCCACACACAACCAACUGUCCGUAGAGAUGGUUUGAAGUUAUGGGGGACCUGGAAACAGAAUAAGAGCUUUGAUGAAAAUGAUCAACCUGAACGUCGUCUAUUGACCCCAUCAGAAAUCUUAAACGUGUUCAAGCAUAUUAAUUCUGAAGAUUGCUUCAGAUUGGGUUUCAACGAGGAUUAUGCAAGACCAGAGUGGAUGUUGAUCACAGUCUUACCUGUCCCUCCUCCACCUGUCAGACCAUCUAUUGCCUUCAAUGAUACAGCAAGAGGUGAAGAUGAUUUAACUUUCAAGUUGGCUGAUGUAUUAAAAGCCAAUAUAAACGUACAAAGGUUGGAAAUGGAUGGUUCUCCUCAGCAUGUUAUCUCUGAGUUCGAGGCUCUUUUACAGUUCCACGUCGCCACAUAUAUGGAUAAUGACAUUGCCGGUCAACCACAGGCUUUACAGAAGACAGGUAGACCAAUUAAGUCUAUCAGAGCAAGAUUGAAGGGUAAGGAAGGAAGAUUAAGAGGUAAUCUUAUGGGUAAGCGUGUAGAUUUCUCUGCCAGAACGGUUAUUUCUGGUGACCCUAACUUGGAUUUAGAUCAAGUUGGUGUUCCAAUUUCUAUUGCCAGAACUUUAUCGUAUCCAGAAGUUGUGACUCCAUACAAUAUCCACAAAUUAACAGAAUAUGUUAGAAACGGUCCUAAUGAUCAUCCUGGUGCUAAAUAUGUUAUCAGAGAUACUGGUGAUCGUAUUGAUUUAAGAUACAGUAAAAGAGCCGGUGAUAUUGCAUUACAAUAUGGGUGGAAAGUCGAAAGGCAUCUUAUGGAUGAUGAUCCAGUCUUGUUCAAUCGUCAACCUUCUUUACAUAAAAUGUCCAUGAUGGCGCAUAGAGUCAAAGUCAUGCCAUACUCCACUUUCAGAAUGAACUUGUCUGUCACGUCUCCUUAUAAUGCCGAUUUCGAUGGUGAUGAAAUGAAUUUACAUGUUCCUCAGUCGCCUGAGACAAGAGCUGAAUUGUCCCAAAUUUGUGCAGUUCCAUUACAAAUUGUUUCCCCACAAUCUAAUAAGCCAGUCAUGGGUAUUGUGCAAGAUACAUUGUGUGGUAUUCGUAAAAUGACCUUGAGAGAUAACUUUAUAGAAUUAGAUCAAGUCAUGAAUAUGUUGUACUGGAUUCCAAACUGGGACGGUGUUAUUCCUCCUCCUGCUAUUGUUAAGCCAAAGCCUUUAUGGACUGGUAAACAACUUUUGUCAAUAGCUAUUCCAAAGGGUAUUCAUUUACAAAGAUUCGACGAUGGAACUAAUUUAGCUUCUCCAAAAGAUAAUGGUAUGUUGAUCGUUGAUGGUGAAAUCAUGUUCGGUGUAGUUGACAAGAAAACCGUUGGUGCCACUGGUGGUGGUUUAAUUCACACAGUCAUGAGAGAAAAGGGUCCAUACGUUUGUGCUCAAUUGUUUUCAUCUAUUCAAAAAGUCACAAAUUAUUGGUUACUUCACAACGGGUUCUCCAUUGGUAUUGGUGAUACUAUUGCAGAUGCAAGUACUAUGAAGACUGUUACCACAACUAUUACUGAGGCUAAAAAUAAGGUUCAGGAAAUCAUUUUAGAUGCUCAACAAAACAAAUUGGAACCAGAACCAGGUAUGACCUUAAGAGAAUCUUUCGAACACAAUGUGUCAAGAGUUUUGAAUCAAGCUAGAGAUACCGCAGGUAGAUCUGCAGAAAUGAACUUGAAAGAUUUAAAUAAUGUCAAACAAAUGGUGGUUUCAGGUUCUAAGGGUUCCUUUAUUAAUAUUUCUCAAAUGUCUGCAUGUGUGGGUCAGCAAAUUGUGGAAGGUAAGCGUAUUCCGUUCGGUUUCGCUGAUCGUUCAUUGCCUCAUUUCACUAAGGAUGACUACUCACCUGAAUCUAAGGGUUUCGUCGAAAAUUCUUACUUAAGAGGGUUGACACCUCAAGAGUUCUUUUUCCAUGCUAUGGCUGGUAGAGAAGGUUUAAUUGAUACUGCUGUCAAGACUGCGGAAACCGGUUAUAUCCAGCGUCGUUUGGUUAAAGCCUUGGAAGAUAUUAUGGUUCAUUAUGAUGGUACAACAAGAAAUUCUCUUGGAGAUGUCAUUCAAUUCGUCUAUGGUGAAGAUGGGGUGGAUGGUACUCAAGUGGAGAAACAAUCUGUUGAUACAAUUCCAGGAUCCGAUGAAGCUUUCAAGAAGAGAUAUAGAAUCGACUUAUUAGAUCCUAUUAAGGGUGGAAUAAGAGAAGAUUUGUUAGAGUCUGGAAAGGAAAUCAGAGGUGAUGCCAAGUUACAAAGAGUUUUGGAUGAAGAGUAUAAGCAAUUACUGGAAGAUCGUCGUUAUCUUAGAGACGUUUGUUUCCCUAAUGGUGAUUAUAACUGGCCAUUGCCAGUCAAUUUGAGACGUAUUAUCCAAAAUGCUCAACAAAUAUUCCACAACGGUCGUCACAAGGCUUCUGAUUUGAAGUUGGAUGAAGUUGUGUAUGGAGUUAAAGAAUUAUGUACCAAAUUAACUGUCGUAAGAGGUGAAAGUGAGUUGCUGAGAGAAGCCCAAGCUAAUGCAACCUUAUUGUUCCAAUGUUUACUUAGGUCUAGAUUGGCAACAAGAAGAGUCAUCGAAGAAUUUAAGUUAUCAAAGAUUUCCUUUGAUUGGUUAUUAGGAGAAAUUGAAGCUCAAUUCCAAAAGUCACUUGUUCAUCCUGGUGAAAUGGUAGGUGUCAUCGCUGCCCAAUCUAUUGGUGAACCUGCAACUCAAAUGACGUUGAAUACUUUCCAUUAUGCGGGUGUUUCCUCCAAGAAUGUUACUUUGGGUGUUCCUCGUUUGAAGGAAAUUUUGAACGUGGCGAAAAAUAUCAAGACUCCUGCUUUAACUGUCUACUUAGAACCAGAAAUUGCAGCUGAUAUUGAAAAGGCUAAAGUUGUCCAGUCUGCAAUCGAACACACUACUUUAAAGAAUGUCACUUCAGCAACAGAAAUUUUCUACGAUCCAGAUCCAAGACUGACUGUUAUUGAAGAAGAUUAUGAUACUGUUGAGGCUUACUUUGCAAUUCCUGAUGAAAAGGUUGAAGAAUCCAUUGACAAACAAUCCCCAUGGUUGUUAAGAUUAGAGUUAGACCGUGCUAAGAUGUUGGAUAAACAAUUGACAAUGAGUCAAGUAGCUGAAAAGAUUUCCCAAAACUUUGGUGAAGAUUUGUUUGUUAUUUGGUCUGAUGAUACUGCUGAUAAGUUGAUUAUUCGUUGUAGAGUUGUCCGUGAUCCUAAAUCACUCGAUGAGGAAGCUGACGCCGAAGAAGAUCAAAUAUUGAAGAGAAUUGAAGCUCAUAUGUUGGAAUCCAUUUCCUUGAGAGGUAUUCCAGGGAUUACAAGAGUUUUCAUGAUGCAACACAAGGUCAGUUCACCAGACACUACCGGAGAAUUCGUACAGACCCAAGAAUGGGUUUUAGAAACCGAUGGUGUUAAUCUUUCAGAUGUCAUGGCUGUACCAGGUGUCGAUGCUUCAAGAACUUAUUCAAAUAACUUUAUUGAAGUUUUGAGUGUCUUGGGUAUUGAAGCUACAAGAAGUGCAUUGUACAAGGAAAUCUUGAAUGUUAUUGCCUUUGAUGGUUCUUAUGUUAACUACAGACAUAUGGCAUUAUUAGUUGAUGUUAUGACAUCUAGAGGUCAUUUGAUGGCCAUUACUCGUCAUGGUAUUAACAGAUCUGAUACUGGUGCAUUAAUGAGAUGUUCUUUCGAAGAAACAGUCGAAAUUUUGUUGGAAGCUGGUGCUUCUGCCGAAUUAGAUGAUUGUAGAGGUAUAUCCGAAAACGUUAUGUUGGGACAAAUGGCUCCGUUAGGAACUGGUUCUUUUGACGUAAUGGUUGACGAUAAAAUGUUACAACAAGCUCCUUCAAACAUUGCCAUUUCUACCAAUGUGGGUGAUGAAGUUGGGGAAGAUGGAGGUGCCACUCCAUAUAAGGAAUACAAUAUGGAGGAUGAUCAAAUCCAUUACGAAGAAGGUGCUGGAUUCUCUCCAAUCCACACUGCUCCUGUCUCAGAUGGUUCUGGUGCAUUGACCUCAUACGGUGGACAAUCAGCCACUAGUCCUUCACCUACAUCACCAUUUUCAUAUGGUAAUACAUCUCCAUCAUUUGGAGGAGCAAGUCCAGGUUACGGUGGAACUAGUCCAACUUACAGUCCUACAAGUCCAACUUACAGCCCAACUUCUCCAAGUUAUAGCCCUACUUCACCUUCGUACUCACCAACUUCUCCAAGUUACAGUCCUACUUCGCCAAGUUAUAGUCCAACUUCACCAAGUUACAGUCCAACUUCGCCAAGCUACAGUCCAACAUCUCCAAGUUACAGUCCAACAUCACCAUCAUACUCACCCACAUCGCCAAGUUAUAGUCCAACCUCGCCAAGUUACAGUCCAACUUCCCCAAGUUACUCACCAACUUCGCCAAGUUACAGUCCAACUUCGCCAUCGUACUCCCCUACUUCCCCAUCAUAUUCACCAACCUCACCAUCGUAUUCCCCAACAUCACCUUCAUACUCACCAACAUCACCAUCAUACUCACCAACAUCCCCAUCAUACUCACCAACAUCCCCAUCAUACUCACCCACAUCCCCACAAUACUCACCUACAUCACCAUCAUACUCACCAACUUCACCUCAAUACUCACCAGGUUCGCCACUGUACGUUCCUAAAUCCCCUUCAUAUGGUGAUAGUAAAAAGGAUGAUGAAAAGAAAUAA